AUGAGUUUGUCGGACUUGAAGAAUAGCAUCUUGGAGAAGCUUGGCGUGUUGGGUUGCAAGUGGGUGAAGAAACUAUUCUACAAGAUUCCCAUGGCGGUUGUCUCAACCGGUGUUCAGUAUGAAACCUUUGCGGUUAAGUCUGAUGAAGAUAUUAGGGUUCUGUUCUACUGUGUAAGGAGCUUUCCAGAGAUCAGAAUCCAUGAGUUGUUCGCGAAGUUGGAGGUUGGUGUCGAUAGUUCUGGGGCAUCCGCUCCAGUUCCUUGCGUAGGUUCCGCGGGUGGUGCAUCUAGUUCGAUGCCUGCGGUCAGACCGCAUCUUCCGCCGGUUCAAUCACCUUCUUUUGCGGCUGACUUAGAACAAACGGAGGUUGUUGGUUCUGUCCCUUUGGACCAUGCAGCAGUCAUGGAGCCUCCCAACGUUGUGGGCACCGGUGGUGGCCUCGUGCCUUAUCUUGAAGACUUUGGUGGACCUGAUCAAGUAGAGAAUGCAAUGCGUGACGAUGAGUCUGACCAGGAGCCUGUUGAUAUCGAUGGUGACAGCGACGAAAACACAGGCGGCGAUCCACAUGCGCAGCAUCGGCCUUCAAGUUCUGCUUCUCAUCAAUACCCUCCACACUUCUCCACACUAAACUUGGAAGCUCUUGGUCAACAGGAAGACAGUGGUAACAGAGUGGGUAGAUCUUCUACAGAAUUUGAGAUUGGGCAAUCGUUCCAGAGUAAAGAUGAAGCUGUGCUCAGUGUGAAGGACUAUAGCAUCCGGCGAGGUGUUGAGUACAGAGUCAUCGAAUCGGAUCAUUUGAAGUAUCAUGGAAAAUGCAAGGAAUUCGGCAAGGGUUGCACUUGGUUGAUUCGUGUAGCGCUUCGUGCACGAAAGGGAACUUGGGAGGGCGGAUGCUGCGGUUACGGUAAAGGUACUUCAACAAGCGACCGAAGCUGA